GACACAGUUCAGCUCCGGCCGCCCAGCACAGCUCGCUGCUACUCUGGCAGCCAGAGGCAGGCUCUGUAGUGGAGAAGUGGGGCCGUCCCACUGAACUGGUACUUGUUGGAAGAUGAGCUGCACCAGGCUGGGUCUCUCUCUCCUGCUGCUGGCUGCCCUGGGCUGGACUGAGGACGAACAUGGCUCAGAGGACUCUUCUCACUCCAAAAAGAAAGGUCCUGGCCACAGUCACUGGAGCUAUGCAGAUAAGGACGAGUGGCAGUUGGAGUUCCCAUUGUGCGGUGAGCAGAUGCAGUCUCCCAUCAAUAUUGACACCAAUUCCACAAUCUUCAGCCGUGAGCUGCAGCCUGUUGUGCUGACGGGUUACAACCUGGACCCCAGUGAGCAGCUCAGCCUAAUGAACAACGGCCACACAGUUGUCCUUCGGCUGCCUGGCUCUCUGACUAUUGCCAGCGGCUACCCACAGGAGUACAGAGCUAUGCAGCUGCACCUGCACUGGGGCUCCCCGGAAGGGCCUGGCUCAGAACACACCGUGGAUGGACGCCGCUAUGAUGGGGAGAUCCAUAUGGUUUUUUACAACCCCAGCUGUGGCAGCAUCAAAGAGGCAAUGAAAAAACCCGGUGGCCUAGCAGUGCUGGCAGCUUUCCUGCAGGUUGGGCCAGAGGACAACGUGCACUAUCAGCCUCUGCUUGAGCAACUUCACGAGGUCCAAGAGGAAGGCAAGGAAACGACUGUGGCUGGAUUCAAUAUUGAAGGGUUGCUGCCUGCCAACCUAGGCCACUAUUACCGCUACAGCGGCUCUCUGACCACCCCUCCCUGCUACCAGACGGUGAACUGGACUGUCUUCAGCCAGACGGUGCUGCUGUCCAAGGAGCAGAUCUCGCUGCUGGAGACCACGCUGCAGGGAGACGAUGACACGGACCUGCAGAACAACUUCCGGCUAACCCAGCGCCUGCACGGACGGAAAGUCCUAGCGAGUUUCCAGGCAUCCCUCAGCCCAAGGCAGGUCCCACUACCUGACGGCGGCGUUCCCCCCAUGACGCCCGCCCCUGACAGUGCCACAGAGAGAAGCAUGGACAAAACUCCCGGAACAGGUGCUGGCUGCCCACCAUGCGCAGAUUCAGAAAAACAGCUGGGCUUCGCCCUACAGACGGCGCACGUGCUGGCUGGUCUCUUCGGGGCUCUCUUCGCAGUCACGGCUCUGGCCUUCCUCAUCUACAUCCACAAGCAGCGGAGCCAGAACAGGCCGGACUCUCACCCCAAGCCCAACGUCAUCUACACAGCAGCCACCACAGACGAGAACAUGGUGUAGACGCUGCCCCUGCUGCCCUGCGCGGCACAUGGAACGUAGACCAGGCCACACAUCCUCAGGCUCAGCCAGCCGGACCCUGCCACUCGCGGCCAGCCCAGCACGCCCUCCCUCCCCACUGGGGGGCCUGAGCAGCAGGGGCCCCUCCUCUGGGGCCUUCACUCCUUGAGGCCCGGUUACCUGCACUGAGGCUCAGCAGAGACUGAGGGGAAAAACUCUGCCCCUU